AAAAAAGAAGAUACAGUGUGUGUUUUGCUUCUCUGUAUAAUUAGGGUUUAAAACGGGUUUGAUAAUCUUCUCUUCGUUUCCAAUCCUUCUGUCUUGGGCAUUUUUCUAUUGAAAGGAAGAAGCUGGUGAUGACAAUGGAGGAAGGCAAUGUUGCAGCUGGAAAAAGGAAAAGAAAUAUUGGUAAAAAGAAAGGUAACAAAACCAAGAAUAAGAAGCUUAAGAUGUUGGAGGGUAAAGGAAAAAAGUUAAGAGUAAGUAAAAAAAUGAGAAAUCUGUUCGAAAAACGAGCCCGUGACUACAAUUCCGAUGACGACGAAGAGGAGGAAGAGCGGAAGGAAAAGGAAAACACGGAGGCGGCGGCAACUCGGAGGGGCGGCGGCGGAGAUAAUUCUUCUGAAGGAAGUGAUGAUUCAGGAGGAGGAGGAGGAGGAGGAGGAGGAGAAGAAGAAGAAGGUGGUGAAAUUCAACCUGGGGUUAUGAAAUUUACAGAAGGUGUUAGAGCAUUCAGGGUUGCAUUUAAGAACAUUAUAAAGAGGAAUAUAGCUAAUGAUUCAUUGGGUCCUGUGUUAUCUGGGCACAAGCAACUUAUCGCAAAGAAGUUAGCUGAAGAGGAAGCUGAAAGGAAAGUUAAGGGAGAAGCCAAGAAAGAAAAACAUUUGGUUGCGGAGAAGGGACAUGUAAAGCCUGCAAAUUACUUGGAUUCACAUGAAAAGUUUCUCAUUGGUAUCGCCACGAAAGGAGUGGUGAAGUUAUUCAAUGCUGUGAACAAAGCACAAAAGGCUCAGAAAGGAUUGGACCCUUCAAGGUCUAAAGAUGCAAAAAUGAUAAGGAAGCGGAGUAAAGAAGCCUUCUUUUCAGAGCUAGGAAAGACAUCAUUUCCUGUACAAAAUUCUUCCAGCAAGGAUAAUACAUCAUGUGAUCCUAGUAAUGAUGAAGGACCUGCUUGGGCCCCAUUGCGUGAUAAUUACAUGCUAACAAAUCCUAAGUUGAAGGACUGGGAUAAAAUGGCGGACUCGGCGAUAGUUGAUGAUGUUGGAAGGAUGUCUGAAGAUAGUGGUUCAGAUGAUGAUUGAAGUCCUUUGCUCUUCCCUGUCAUGGUAUAACUGCAAAACCUGAUUUUACUUUUUUUACAUUUGGUUCAGUUGAUGUUGGAAGCAUGUCUGAAGAUAGCGGUUCAGAUUACGGAAUGAUUAUUCUACUUACUAUCUUUAUUCCCAUUCCAAAAGGAAAAUGUUGGCACGUAUGAAUUUGUCGGUUCUUUUGACGAUGUGGAAGAUGUUGUAAUCGAACCAGAAUUCCAAUAUUUAUUUUGUUUCAGUCAAAAAUAUAAACGUGAAACUUUGAUA